GCACAACCUAUGCGUAAAAUCAGUUGCGUACGUACAUGUACAUGUACAGUGUAUGUUUGUGCAGUGUUGAGUCCGAUUGACGGCGUCACAUACAUAUGUACAUGUACAACCAUGGACGAGGGCUGGGAGCCUCCAUUUUUCGCCACAUCAACAUGGAUAUUAAUUAUAACAGCCUGUGCUCUUCUACUCAUUUACGAUUACUGGUGCCAUCAAUAUCUGGCAAGAUUGCAAAUUCCCGCACCAAAGGCUAAGCCGUUCAUUGGUAAUACCUUUGACUUCAUAUUUUGUAAAGAUGGAAUCCCGGGCUUUCACGAGAAGAACUUUGCACGUCAUGGAAAGAUAUUUGGCUUUUAUACUGGAUGGCGCGCCGUCCUGCUGGCAGCAGAUGUUGACUUUGUCAGAAUGCUGUGCAUCAAGGAAUUCUCAAAUUUCACUAAUCGGAAGAAGCAGGCAAUCGACAAUAAGCCAUUCGACAAGGCGCUGACUGCACUAAGGGACGAUCACUGGAAGGAUGUCAGGGGUAUCCUCAGUCCCACCUUCAGCGGAUCUAAGAUGAAGCUGAUGGCGCCACUUAUCAACAGUUGCCUGGAUCCAAUGAUCAGGAAAGUUGCUAAACACUACGAGGAAGGCAAGAGCGUUCAGCUGAAGGACAUCUAUGGUGGCUAUCUUAUUGACGCUAUUGGCAACAGUGCGUUUGGUCUGACUCUAAACUCUCAAGAGACCGAGAACGACCCCUUCCUCAUUCAUGCAAAGGACAUCUUUACUCCCAAGUUGAACUUAGCAGUUAUUGUUUUCUUGGUAGCUCCGUUCCUGGCUCCCAUCCUCAAUUAUUUCAAUGUGUCCUCUUUCAACCGUAAAACGAUGGAUUUCUUUGAAAAUAUCAUGGAGCAGGCAGUGGAACUCCGGAAGAGUGGAACAGAGCGGAGAGUGGACUUCCUGCAGCUGAUGUUGGAUGCUCACAAGAAGUCCGAAUUGACUGCUGAAGACAAAGCUCAGGCAACCGAAGAAGAGAAACUGGAAGAAGAACACCGCAAGGGGAUGAGCAAAAAAUCUUUGACCAUGGAUGAACUGAAAGCACAAGGAUUGACCUUCUUCCUGGCCGGGUUUGAGACAUCUAGUACCACCCUUGGCUUCACCUCCUAUCUCCUGGCGACUAACCCGGAAGUUCAGGACAGGUUGAUCAAUGAGAUUGAUACCAUAGCCCCGGGACGCGACCAUGUCACGUACGAGAAUAUUGCCAAGAUGACUUACUUGGACAUGGUCAUCUGUGAGACUCUGCGAAAGUAUCCUCCCGCCAUAAUCUCUGCCCGCGAGGCCGGCCGCGAGUACAAGUACCAGGGGUUCACCAUCCCAGAAGGCAUGGAGGUCUUUUUUUCGAUCUGGCAGAUUCAUCACGACCCUGAACUGUGGGAGGACCCUGACAAAUUUGACCCUGAAAGGUUUACUCCAGAACGACGCGAGAAACGCCACCCGUGCGCUUACAUUCCAUUUGGUGCAGGACCACGCAAUUGUGUCGGAAUGCGUUUUGCUCAGCUACAGAUCAAAAUGGGUUUGGUUCGGAUGCUACAGAACUUUCGCUUGGAGACGUGCCCAGAAACUGAGAUUCCACCAGUUGUUGGCAAGUUUGGAUUCCUGACUCCUCCAAAUGGGUUCAAACUGUCUGCUGUUCCUCGAUCUUAACGUACCUGGACCUUGGACUCUUGGCACCAGCCAAACAGGGCUAAGAAAAAGUUGGAAGUUUCCAGAAAGAUGCACGAUAUGUAGUCAGACUGUCGUCAUAAUUUUAGUACUUGUGUAUUCCAAAUAAGGUGUCGAGUAGCGUUUCAGAAUUCUCGAAUUCAUUUUUUUCUAAGUAAUGAAAGUUUGUUUGAUUUUUUUUUAAUAUUAGGGGCCUUUCAAAAGUUCAUGUUUUUUAUUUGACUUUUUCUCGAAAUAGUGGGUGGGGCUGGGUCAAGGUAAAUUUUUGAAAAUCGAAAUUCACUUUUCAUUAAAAAAGGUAAAGAAAUCGGGCUUCUGACUUGCGCGAACUGCGUGCCAGCGUUCCGUAUAAAUACGGUCUUACUCUUUUCCAGCUUCGUUCCCAGGUACUUGUAGGAAUAGAAUGGCCUGUGUAUCAUGUACGGUGUGAAACUCUAUGGGAAAAGUUGCGUUUUUUUAUUGGAAUUUCUGGUUGCAUCCGAAUCUGUUGUCUAAAGUUAUUUAUUUCGCGGUCUUGGGGCACGUAUUUUCAGGAGUUACUGAAAUCAAAUUUUCUGUUGGAGCUUGCGAAGCGAUGGGCAGUUUGCGACGGCAACCGUUUCAGCUGAUGCGCCGCUUCGAACAGAAAUCACACGUCAAUAUUUUGCAUUUUUUAAUGGGACGGGUUAUUUGGACAGGAGAGUCCUGUAAAUGAGAGCGUUGUAACAACAAUAAAUGUACACGGUCAAUGGAAGAACAGCCACGGAUGCAAAAAAAGAGCCAGAAGAAAUUAAAGGCCUAUCAGGGAGCGCAGUAAGAGAAUUUGUAUAUGCGGUUGCGGGGCGGCGCUCAACAUGGCCGCCGCCAUCCAUACUACACAAUACUGAAUGAGAAAAAUGGGGGGGGUAAUUGAAAAUGGGGGGGGGUGGGUUCAAGACAAUUUGGGGGGAAAAAUCGAAAAUUAGACCAUCGAAAAUUUCGAAUUGACCCAUAGUCCUUAUGAAAUGAUUACAUUUUCCACUGGUGGAAUUGGCGUUUAUUGUUAAAUUUUCUCUGAAAUUCAUGCUUCCGUGUGUGUCUGUCAUACCUUUAUAUCGGUAGUCAGUUUUUAUUUACAUGUGAUCAGGUAGUUAUAUGUACUUCAAAUUUAUAUGCAUGUGAUCUUGCUUUUAAAAAUGUUGAAAUAUUUUAGUAAAAAAUUACCACUAAUGUACAGAGAAAUUGAUCUAUUUUUACAACUUGGGAAAUUAUUUGUAGGAAUCGUUGCAAUAUAUAGUUUGCUGGACCGUUCACAGAACCAUGCAAAAAAUACUUAAACUGGGGGAUAUCCCAAGUAAAAAACAGAAUUUGAAGCUUAAUUUGGGAAUGUUACAGAGUACAAGAGCAAUCGGUAUGAGGAACGUUUCAAGUUAUGUUUGGAAACUUGAUUUAAUUUUUAAUUAGUGGUAUUGAUUUAUACAGUACAAAGAUUAAAAUGCAUCGUGUUUUCCUUAGACUUACGUUGUGGUGGCUUUGCAGGCUCCACAGAUAAGAUACGAAAUUUAUUCAGCCAAUGAAAAAGGUUAAAAAGAAUUUACAUCGGAAAUUGACUUGUUCCCCGAGCUCAAUUCAAAAACACACCAAAUAUAUCCAGAAAUACACAUUACUGAAUAAUUACUUACCAACUCAACAAAUACCCAGGGAAGAUUACAAUUACAACGAAUUGUAAGCAUGAAUCGCAGAGGGAGAGAAACUUUCUGUAAUACACUUGCUACCUCGAAAAGUCCUGAGACGUCGAUUGGAAGAAAGGAAUGUGAAGUUGUCAUUAGCCGGAUGAGGCUCUUCUUCCAUGAUACACUUAACACGUUUAUGCAUUCUAUCGUUGUAAAUGAAAUUAAGUAACGGCAAACUUGUACCAAUGAUCAUCUCUGCUGACUGAACAACAGAAUUUAACUUUCGUAGAUCGUUAACACAAAUCCGACCAAAACCAACCAGUAACUGACGAACAAAGGAUGCUUUCUUCCCGGUAACAAUUGAUUAAAAUACAUUGACGGACCCGGAAUGAGUUCAGCUAUCAUAAAAAGAAUCAUCAUUGGCGAGCCUUCAUCGUGAUUUCCGGGCUCUUUAUGUUCCAUGUAAGAUUACUGGCUAUGUGUGUACCAAGUAGCUUAAAGUUGUCAACUUGCUCAACAGCUUUCCAUCAAUGCAAACAGGGUCUUUUGUUUUCUUCUUGCUCAUACGGAAGUAUAUAAUCAUCUCCUUAGUUUUGUCUACAUUAUGUACCAGAUUGUUAUCCUUGCAUCAAUCUGUGACAGAAUUCAUUUGUGAACGAUAAGCACUUUCAUCAUUGUUUUGGAUAAAUCCGAAAAAAGAGGUAUUAUCUGCAAACGUACUGACCAAAGAGUCAGAAUAAGCUGUAUGUUUUCCAGUUAUUGAUGGAAACACAAUGGUACUGCUGAUCUGAGUGAAGCUUUAUUUGCGAAAGUUUUGAAGCACAAGAGCCAUUAGUAUCAAAAAUAUCAAAAGCUAGGCUUAGAGGCCAGAAUUAAUUUCAAAGUAGUCGUAUUGUGCAAAGAUUAAAAAUGCAUUUUGUUUUUCGUUUAGAGUUAAGUUGUAAUGAUUUUACUUUAUUUAAGUCAUUUAAUUUUACCGAAUAAAAGCAGGGCUUCAUA